UCCCAAGAGCUGCAGUUUCAGCCGCGCGGUAGCAAGAGCCGCAGAGCCAGCGAGCGCGGCGGCGGCAGAGGCAGGAGCAGUCUGGGCGGGUCGCAGGGUUUCCCCGGGCUUAGGAAGGCAAGCAGAGAUAUCCUCUGAGAGCCAAGCAGAGAACAUUAAGGAAGAAAGGAGGAAUGACACUGGAUACAGCGCAGUGAAAAAAGACACGUCAAGGAGAGGAGUACUCACUGCCCAGACACUGGACCAGGUUAUCAGAAUGAGAACUUACCGGUACUUCUUGCUACUCCUUUGGGUGGGACAGCCCUACCCAACGGUCUCAACCCCAUUAUCUAAGAGGACUAGUGGUUUCCCAGCAAAGAAAAGAGCCCUGGAGCUCUCUGGAAACAGCAAAAAUGAGCUGAACCGUUCGAAAAGGAGCUGGAUGUGGAAUCAGUUCUUUCUCCUGGAGGAAUAUACGGGAUCCGAUUAUCAGUAUGUGGGCAAGUUACAUUCAGACCAGGAUAGAGGAGAUGGAUCACUUAAAUAUAUCCUUUCAGGAGAUGGAGCAGGAGAUCUCUUCAUUAUCAAUGAAAACACAGGGGAUAUACAGGCCACCAAGAAGCUGGACAGGGAAGAAAAACCCGUUUACAUCCUUCGAGCUCAAGCUAUAAACAGAAGGACAGGGAGACCUGUGGAGCCGGAGUCUGAAUUCAUUAUCAAGAUCCAUGACAUCAACGACAAUGAACCAAUAUUCACCAAGGAAGUUUACACAGCCACUGUUCCUGAAAUGUCUGAUGUCGGCACAUUUGUUGUCCAAGUCACUGCAACUGACGCUGACGAUCCGACAUAUGGGAACAGUGCUAAAGUUGUCUAUAGCAUCCUACAGGGGCAGCCCUAUUUUUCAGUUGAAUCAGAAACAGGUAUCAUCAAGACAGCUCUGCUCAACAUGGAUCGAGAAAACAGGGAGCAGUACCAAGUGGUGAUUCAAGCCAAGGACAUGGGCGGCCAAAUGGGGGGAUUAUCUGGGACCACCACAGUGAACAUCACACUGACUGACGUCAACGACAACCCGCCCCGGUUUCCCCAGAGUACAUACCAGUUUAACACCCCAGAAUCUUCUCCACCGGGUACACCAAUUGGCAGAAUCAAAGCCAGUGAUGCCGACGUGGGAGAAAAUGCUGCAAUUGAGUACAGCAUUACAGAGGGAGAAGGGCUGGACAUGUUUGAUGUCAUCACUGACCAGGAAACCCAGGAAGGGAUUAUAACUGUCAAAAAGCUGUUGGACUUUGAAAAGAAGAAAGUGUACACCCUCAAAGUGGAAGCCACCAACCCUCACGUGGAACCCCGCUUUCUCUACCUGGGUCCAUUCAAAGAUUCAGCGACGGUUAGAAUUCUGGUGGAAGAUGUAGAUGAGCCUCCCGUCUUCAGCAAAGUGGCCUACAUCCUACAAAUAAGAGAAGAUGCUCAGAUAAACACGACGAUAGGCUCGGUCACAGCCCAAGACCCAGAUGCUGCCAGGAAUCCUGUCAAGUAUUCGGUGGAUCGACACACAGAUAUGGACAGAAUAUUUAACAUUGAUUCUGGAAAUGGUUCCAUUUUUACAUCGAAACUCCUUGACCGAGAAACACUGCUGUGGCACAACAUCACAGUGAUAGCCACUGAGAUCAAUAAUCCAAAGCAAAGCAGCCGAGUACCUCUAUAUAUUAAAGUCCUAGAUGUCAAUGACAAUGCCCCAGAAUUUGCUGAAUUCUAUGAAACUUUUGUCUGUGAAAAAGCAAAAGCAGAUCAGUUGAUUCAGACCCUCCGGGCGGUUGACAGGGAUGACCCUCACAGCGGGCACCAGUUCUCAUUCUCGUUGGCCCCGGAAGCAGCCAGUGGCUCCAACUUUACCAUUCAAGACAACAAAGACAACACGGCGGGAAUCUUCACUCGGAAAAAUGGCUACAGCAGACACGAGAUGAGCUCCUAUCUCCUCCCCGUGGUCAUCUCAGACAACGACUACCCCGUCCAAAGCAGCACGGGGACAGUGACUGUCCGAGUCUGCGCAUGUGACCACCAUGGCAACAUGCAGUCCUGCCACGCAGAGGCCCUCGUCCACCCCACGGGACUCAGCACCGGGGCUCUGGUCGCCAUCCUUCUGUGCAUCGUGACCUUACUAGUGACAGUGGUGCUGUUUGCGGCUCUGAGGCGGCAGCGGAAGAAAGAACCUUUGAUCAUUUCCAAAGAGGACAUCAGAGACAACAUUGUCAGUUACAACGACGAAGGCGGUGGAGAGGAGGACACCCAGGCCUUUGACAUCGGCACCCUGAGGAAUCCCGAAGCCAUAGAGGACAGCAAACUGCGCAGGGACAUCGUGCCCGAAGCGCUGUUUCUGCCCCGACGGACUCCAGCAGCUCGCGACAACACCGACGUCCGAGAUUUCAUUAACCAAAGGUUAAAGGAAAACGACGCGGACCCCACGGCCCCGCCCUACGACUCCUUGGCCACCUACGCCUACGAGGGCACCGGCUCCGUGGCCGAUUCCCUGAGCUCGCUGGAGUCGGUGACCACGGAUGGAGACCAAGAGUACGAUUACCUGAGUGACUGGGGCCCGCGGUUCAAAAAGCUCGCGGAUAUGUACGGAGGGGCGGACAGUGACAAGGAGUCCUAAUACGUUGCCUUUUUCAUUUUCCAACACGACACUGAAAUGCGUGAAGUGGCUCUUUGUUUCUAUUUAUCCACUGCUCCUUGAAGGGUUCUCUGUUCUGCGCGUUCUACAAGGUCAGUGGCUGCAGUCGUGUGGAUCCAACGUCAGAGACUUUUUUUCUAAGGACACUUUUAUGAGCUUCCAAGAGGCAAAUGUUUAUUUUUUAGCGCAUCCAGUCAACCAUGUCAGCCCACCGGGCAGCGCACUGGAGAUGAGGACCGAGAGUCGUAACACGCUCGGUUCCACCGGCCUGGCCUUUGUACUACACCCUCCAUAGACUCAGGUCAGCUGGCUGCUCUGACUGUACAUUUCACAUGCGAAUGGGAUGAGGGGUUGUACUUUCAUGAUAAAAUAUAGUUUCAGUAAAAGAAAUGAGGGAGGAACAACUGUUCCUGGCGUCUUAGAUCACAAGGAGAUAAUGAACUAUAUGGGGAUGUGUAUUUCUGUCGCAAAGAAUUUAAAAUGACAGUCGUCCAUCCUGUUGAUUCUUCAAGAACUUUUUCUUGCACCAAUGACUAUUCAAAACAUGAAAUCCACCAAUAUUUUAAGAUUCUCCUUCCUCUUUAUGAAUAGAAGCAAAUUAUAUGGUAACAUUCAAAAACAACAACCAAAAAAAUAGUAAGACUUCAUUCCUUACCACUAACUAUAAUUUGUUACAUAGUAGACAUACUAAAGUUUGCUCUUGUGCCAUAAAAAGGGAAAGCAGAAAAUGGCUAAUAAUGUUAUUUAACAAAGGAAAUAUUUAGUAUAUUUCAAAGUUUGCGCCACCGAAUGUACCACAGAUCACUUGAAAUUAUUUUCAACCAGCAGUAGGUUAUUUACAGAUAAGUCUAUUGUUUAAAAGUUCUUGAAGGACAUUUUCUGAGAUACAUUUUCUCUCCUUGUCUGUACUUGUCGUCAGUAUUAUUCUAAUAUAUACUUGAAAGUAGCAGUGUGAAGUACAAUAACUCAUAUUCUUCAGAUACUUCUUACAAAGUUAAGAUUCAUUAGUAAAGGUAGAUUAAACAACUCUUAAAUCCUGCUGUUGGAGUUAAAUGGGUUGGUGAAAGCCAGCCACACUUGAACCUGAUACCCUGUCCUUCACAUCCAGAAACACCUGUAUACUUAUAUAAUGUGAUAGAUAUAGAUGAAAAGUUGAAGGCAUGGUGACUUCAUGUGACAUGUUUGGAAGACACUUAUAAAGGGAAAACUUGGAUUCCCUUCAACAAGAGAGUUUCAGAUGAUAAUUAAAAUGAUAGUUGACUUUCAAAAGCAUUAAUAUUUUUUCAUUGUUUUAAACUUUGUUUCCAUGACAACUCUGCCAUCCCUGUCUUUGAACUAAUCAUAAAGUAAUGGUCUCAAACUAUGACAGAAAAAGUAAUGGAAAUUCAUCCAACCUAUUAUUUCUCUAAUUAUGCAAUUAGCAUUAUAUGUUAUUAUCCAGCGGACCCAACUGAACUGAACUAAUCCUUUUGGCAGGUUCAAAUCAUUUGUUUCAUACAGCUCUUAUAAUGAUUUUUAUCAUUAGAAUCUACAUGUGCAGUCAUCAGAAAUUUCCAAAGUACUGUAAUGAAAACAUCCUUAUUUUGAAAACUUUAAACAAAAAAAAAUGUGGGCUCUGUAUAUAUAUAUAUGUACUGAAGAAUAUGCUGACUUCAAUUAUUCGUCUUAGGGAUUUAUUUUCAUUAAUGUUCAUUUUCUACAGGUAAUCUUAGUGUCAUUUCCAUUUGGAGAUAAUGUCCUAUUAGCACAUAUUUUCUAUUUGGAAACACACUUGUUUAGUUAAGUUUUAAAUAGGUGUAUUACCAAGAAGUAAAGACAGCACCUUUAAAGUAAGAGAAAUAUAGUGUUCGGCUUACUCCUUUAGAGUGAAAAAAUUGUACAACCACAUUCUUCCUUGUGUUUCCUGAAUGGUUUCCUAUUUUGUAAAGGACUUCCCUGUAUACUACCAAGUAUUUCACGCUUGAGUUAUUUUCUGCUUUCAGGGUUUUCUUUUGCUAGUUCUACACACACACACACACACACACACACACACACACACACACACAGGAAUGCAAACAAAACACUACAGGAGGACUUCACUGUAAUGAAUCGAUAGAUAUCACAGUCACAGGUAAGUAUUGAAAAAAGACAGUUUAGUGAAGUUAAUUAAUAAAAACUAGUGAUUUAUAGCAAUAGAACAGCACCUUAAUCACACGACUUACUGCAAAAUUAAAGAGUUCUCUAUCCUUACGUUUCAUGUGAUACAACCAAUUGGAUCAAGAAAGAUGUCCUAUAAAAAGAGAGCUAUCAUUUGAAGUCUUCCUUUUGAACUUCUGGCGUUAAUUGGAACAUCUGCAGGUUGACACUAGCAACUUCCAAUAUUUAAGGGUAAGGUGUAUUUUCCCCUCACAAGUGAAAGUCGGUAGUUCUGUAGUGGAAUAUUUGAAAUGUAAUUGGUAGGGUAUUUUAUCUCAUCCUGAAGAUUACACAGUAUACCAAGAACAGGUUAAUAUGACUAAGUACUGAAAUAACUGUUUAAUCUCUUACCACAAAACCUGGUAAUGAAGUGAAUCUCUAAGAAAUUGAGUAAUUUGAGACUGGUGCUGAAUAGUUGGCACUAGGGUCCUAUAACUAUCAAGGUAGAGUAAUACUGUCCUAUAAUUAAGACUCUCUGACAUCAUGGAAACAAUCAGGGCCACAGUUCCAUCCUUCUGCCAAGGCCUAAACUUUUUUCCCAUUGAGACAUCAGGCCAAGGAUCAGGGUCAACGUGAAUGAUCAUGGAGGAAAACAAUUAGUUUUCAGUUCACUUUUCACAUUGUCUCUGUCCUGACAUUAGAUGUUAGUGAUGAGAAAGGCGGAAAGUGGAAAGAGGUAAAAAUUUUAAUAUUUGCUUUCAUCACUGAAAAACUAAAAACUCAUUAAAUGUAAGCAGAUUGCUUUUAUGGGUUGUUUUCAGAAACGUUUUUUCCUCUAUUCAAAUGGGAGAAUUUUUUCAAAACAUAAAGAUGUUCAGUGGAAUAAGCUAGAAUUUUAAAAAUAGUGAGCCAUCGUGCAUAACUUUAAAGCUCCUUCACUUCAUAGCCACUUUCUGCUCAAAGGCCUGGAAAAUAUUUGUCCCCAAAUAAAAAACUAAAUCAAAUGCGGGAGAAGCAAAUAUGGCUCCACAGAACCAUAAGAGAGGGCAUCUGAGCACAGGAAAUAUAAGUUUUUUAUAGAUCUUCUCAGCUUUAUGAUUUAGGUGCAUAAAGGGAGGUUCAGAUACAAAUUAAUUCCAUUUUCAGAUGGAACAAAACCUGGCAAUUCAAUUCUAACUCAGUUUUCAUUUUCAGCUCCCAAAAAGUUGUGCAAAAAGUUCUUAAAAGUUGAAUCUUUAUCUUAGGAGCAUCCAAAUUUUAUGGAUCCAAAUUUACUUUAGAAUGUUUCCAUUAUUUUUGUUUUCAAGUACAUACAUUUUAGAUGUCUUGAUUUGCUGAACAAUACCUUAUAUCAAAUGCUUUGCCCUGAAAAUGGGUAUUUUACUAGAAAUAAUAAUGUAUACACAAUACUUGGGUAUUCCUCAAUUCUGUAUACUUGAGAACCAUACAAAGUAUGCAUUGAAAGGAAAGAACAGAGUUGAUUCCUGAGAACAAACUAAAUAUUUAAAUCAGGUACAGCUAGAUGUAUUUUCCCCAGGAAUUGAAUCACCAAAUAAAUUAUUGUAUCCUAGUCACUAGUUUUGCAGUAGUGUAAUUAUUUUGGAAGGACACUCUAAAAAGUCACAUCCCCACUAUUUUGAAAGGUAUCCUUUGAAAAGGACCAUUUUAGUGUAAUUUUGUUUUUUACAUUUUUAUCUAGAUGAAAUCUUUUUUUAAAUUUUGACAGGGGAUUAAAAAUCUAAGCAGUCUACUGUGUUUACAUUAAAACUACAACUCAGCCUUCUUUCUCAGAUUAUAAGAGUGGAAAGAUUAAGUCUUAGCAUAUGGACGUUCAGGAAGAUGAAUUAUUUCUUAAGGUAUGAGAAGCAGCUUUCUGUUCCAGAGAAUACAGAAUUCCAGUAUGGGCCCCUUAAAAGUUCAGCACUAUUACAGCUGCAGCAGUUUUAAUCUCCCUUUGGCAUCGUUAUGGAAUAAUUUUCUAAAGGGAUAAUUCUCUACUAAAAUAUAUUAGGCCCCAACCAUAUUUAACGUGGAGAGCAAUACCCUCUUAGAAAAGAAAUACAUUGACUCACACACUUGUUAAAAGUUAAUAAAGAAAUAGCUCAUUUUUAAAGCCACAAGUUUAUGGUCUCUGCAUCAUCAAUUUAAUUUAAGCAUUGCUGAGACAAUCUUUAAUCUACUCCCCAUAUUGUAAUACCUUAUUUAUGAUGCAUUUUCAUUUUUUAAUUUGGGGGGAGCAUUAGCCCGACAGAGCCAGCCGAUGAAAGUGCUGAAAGGAGGUCAAACGGAAACAGAGCCUAUUACCCACUGUAUUUCAGACAGGACCAAGGCACUUAGCUGAAGAGACACUGGGUUAUUAGAUUAAUUUCAAAAGAGCUUUUACAAGUUACUUAAUUCUAUUUUUUCCUUUAAACCCAUGGACCACAAACUCAAAUUUCUCUUCAAAUGGGGUUAAUUUGACAAAUGAGGCAUGGAACCAGGGCUGUGGAAAAAGCAUUCCACUAUAAUGAGAUCUUGGUCUUUCUUGCGAGACUAUGCUAUUUAUGUAAAUAUGUCUAGAGGCACCUUCUAGAAGCUUUUAGUUUUCUAUGAUCUAUUAGUUUAGUGUUUAUUAAGGAAUCAAAUGUAUAGAAUUACUAGGCAUUCAGAGGGAAUGCUGUGGCAAACAUAAAACGGAUCUGCUCAGAAGAAAUAUAGGAACGCUUCAAAAUCACUGUACUGUUUCGUUUGUGGUUAUUUUCAUUGCUUUGAGAGUAAACUGCAUAAGAAUCGGCCUUAUAAUAAAUGCUACAUGCGUCUCCAGUAGUACCGAGCUAAAGCAAUCUGGCAUUCUCCUACUGUGAUUUGUGAUUUUUAAACCCAGAAGAUAAAAGCUUUUGGGUAUCGAUUGUUUUUAAUUAAAAAUACUCCCAAGUAUAAAUUGAAGCUGAUGCCACCCUUGGAGAUUUACUGGCUGGCGUGCUUAGUUCAUAUAAUUUUUCUCAGUAUUGCUUGUAUCUCUGGCAAUGAGAACACCUGAUGGAAACCGUCACUGCUCAGCUUUCAUCAACAUUUCUAGUUAGGGAGGUUUUCAUAACGUCACAGUUUACAUGAGAAAGUUUUCUGUAUUAGAAGAAAGGGGUUGAGACAAUUACUUUUUAGCUCAGUGUGGCCAGGCCUUUUAUGGUAGUCCAAUGGCAAAUACACGCUCCUUGAAAUGGCUUCUUUUAUUUCCCUUUGUUUUCUUGGACGUAUAAAUUUGAAAAGAAUGCAAUUUAAAAAGUGAUUUCUCACAAAGA